AUCGCCAAUUCACAUACUGGUUCGGCUAUCAUAAGAACUCUAGAAGCUAUGAGCGAUUUUGUGCGAAGAUUUGCACAUUGUCUCUUCAGUGUCUUGUCAGAGGAUGAAGGAUAUUCGCCCAUCAAUCCAGCGCUUGCUGAAUUUGGAUUGUGUUCGAUUGCAGCAAUUGAGUUGCAUGUCUGGCGGAAGCAGAGCUUUAGACUAGAUAUUUUUGUCUCUAAGAUCUUGGGUAUAAACAGCUUAGAAGUGCUUUUGGGACACACCGCAGAGAGGUUGUAA